AUGGCCACACCAUUUCCCCUCGAAACGAUUGAGGAAGAGCUCGAAGAGGACGUACCAGAAGAGUGGCAGACGACAGCAGAUCCAGCCGUCAUCUGGCAUCGUCGUAUCACCGCGAAAUCGGCCCACACGAAGUCACUCAACAAGGCGCUCCUCGCCAUCCAAGCCGGGGAAGACGUGGAAAAGGUUAAAUUGCUCCUAGCCAUAAUGGUACGUGAAUACGAAGCUCUCAAGGAAAUUCACGUACGCUAUAUCGAACUAGCAAAGCUCAACCAAGAAGACGGAGAUAAAGAAUUCAAAUGGGCGAACGAGGUCACCGAAAAACAGAGAAAGGCUCUCGAAGAUGUUCAGAAAUACCUCAACCUGCAUCUACCCAAGCCCGAAGGCUCCGUCCGUAGCAGCGCCUCAAGCAGAUCGUCAACACGUGAAAAACUGCAGGAAGCAGAGCGACUGCAGAAAGAGACCGAGCUGAAAAUUCAACAACAGAGAGCGGAAGCCACGGAACGAGCCGCAGAGGAGGAACGCAUGCAGCAGCUCGAAACCGCCAGAAAGGCGGAAGAAAUCCGUAUCGAGGCAGCUCGUCAGGAUCGGCAGCUGCAGAUGGAGCUGGAAAAGCAACGCCUUGCUAGCGACCUAUUGCGUCAACAGCUGGCCGACGAAAACGCCGUAGACGGCGACGAAACGGGAAAGACCGCAGAUCAAGGAUCAUUCAGCAUUUGGGACGAUUUUCCUCCCGCCCCGCAAAUUCCUGGCGGGCCGACACCGACCAGCAGGUCGCUGUCCGGCAAAAACGGGCCGGCUUGGCCUCAGCAGAGGUCCAGCACGCCGCUCCCACCGCUCAAUGUGAACACGCCACCUUUCGUGCCAAAUACGUUUUAUAGUCAAGCUCGAAGGAAACAAGAUGGUUUCGGUGCAGCAGUCCCGCAAACCUUCCAGUCGGCGUUGCCACAAAUUCCAACUAGUGGCCAAACAUUCAAGCAGUCGUCUUCGUUCCAGCAGCAGCCAUCUUCGUUUCAGCAGCAGUCGUUCCAGCAGCAGCCAUCUUCGUUCCAGCAGCAGCCGUCUUCGUUCCAGCAGCAACCAUCUUCGUUCCAGCAGCAGCCGUCUUUGUUCCAGCAACAGCCAUCUUCGUUCCAGCAGCAGCCAUCUUCUUUCCAGCAGCAGCCGUUCACGUCCCAGACGAAUGUCGCGCCUCAACCGGCCGUGUAUGUCCCAGACGCGUGGAUCUUCACCGUCGAUCGACACGACUCGCCGCCGACAUCUCGUCCGUCAUCUAGACCACCGAAAGCUGAGCCGCCGAAAUUUGAUGGAAAUCCGAGGAACUGGCCGAUGUUUAUUCAGUCGUUCAAGGUACAAAUCCAUGACACCUGCUUCAGCGACGCGGAGCGCCAACACCACCUCCGCACGAGCCUAACUACUGAGAUCCAGAAUAAUCUCGGUGAAGCGCUGCUCAAUCCCGGGCUCUACCCAUUUGCUCUGACGGAGCUGCAUCGAAAGUUCGGAAACCCGAGAAUCGUUUCGACCGCCUGCUCCUCCGCGCUCUUAAAACUUCCCUCCUUCAAAGACAGUGAUUACGAGUCUCUAAAAUCGUUCUCGUCGACGCUUCAUUCAGUUGUAGCAACCUUGCAGUUAGGUGGCUAUGGACUCGAACUUCACAGCAGCACCACUCUGGCCCAAUUAGUCGGAAAACUCCCGCCGAUUCUACGCAGCAAGUGGGCCGAAGUGAGCUACCGAAUUCAAGGUCGUUUGCCGACGAUACUCGACCUGGAUGGCUGGCUCGAUGACGUCGCGAUGGCGGAAUAUUUCGUCCGUGUUGGCGUCAACCCCGCCGCCCAGUUUCCAGCCAGCAAUCACCCAAAACCGAACAACGACAAGCAGAGAAAACCGAUCGCAACACCAAUGGUAUUUUCCACCACGGUAAAAAUAGCGUCAUGCCCGCAUUGUGCUGGCGCCCAUCGACUUCAUCUCUGCGACAAAUUCAAAGCCUUAAAUGCAAAUCAACGAAUAGAAGUGGUAAAAGAAAAAAGAUGUUGUUACCGCUGUCUAGACGACCGCCAUCUUAGUUCCGAGUGUUCAAAGGAAAGUGAGUGCGGAAUUGAAGAAUGCAAGCGUCUUCAUCACCCUCUCCUCCAUGGCGCCCCGAGGAUGUACCCGAAGACGCCGCGACCAAGCACGACGCCAUCUCUCUCCCCAACAAAUCCAUUUAACGGCUCCGUAUCCUUCAGUUACGAAGACGAAACAACCUUGCUGCCCAUCGUUCAAUUACGUGUUGAAGCAAACGGAAGGUCUUGGAUCGGAUAUGGAUUGCUGGAUCCCGGAAGUCAAGUCUCCAUGAUCACGAACGCGCUGGCAGACGAGCUGGGAUUGAAAGGCGAAAAAAUAGCAACGAGAAUCGGAACGUACCACGGCCGCGACCCACUUGCAAACGCGACAAAGGUAUCAUUCAAAAUCUCGUCCAUCGACAAAGACAGCUCAUUCGAAAUCCCAACCUGCUACUCCGUGCCUGUGUUAAAAAUCAGAAACGAAGUCGUUGAUGUGAAAAAAUUGGUGAAAGACUGGCCGCAUUUAUCUGGAUUGAAGGCCCCGCCCCAAAUGCCAGUCGACGUUAAUGUGCUGAUUGGAUCGUGUGAUAUGGCGCCGCAAGAAGUUCUUGAAAUUAAGAAGGAUCCGCUGAACGAGCGAGCCCCGCGCGGUCUACGUACAGCAUUCGGUUGGUGCAUUGCCGGCCCGAUUUCAUCCGUCGCCAACACACAGCUGAAAUGCAACUCUCUCUCAUUGACUCCGUCAGCAGACGAAGAUCUUGCCAACGCAAUCAACCGCUUUUUACUCCUCGAGACCUACGAAGCAAAGGCAGAUGCGAAGGCGCCAGUUGGCAAAGAAGAGUUGCGAGCCAUCAAGAUAUUGAACGAGACGACCAGAUUCCUGGGCGACCGGUAUGAAUCGGGACUUCUCUGGAAAAAUGAAGACCCGAAUCUCCCCGACAACAGUGAGUCCGUUUUGGCCCGUUUCUUCAAACUGGAGCGGCGGCUCAUCGCAGACGAGAAUUUGUGCAAGCGAUAUUCCGCCGCAAUCAACGAGUACAUCAGUCUUGGCCACGCGAGAAAACUUUCAGCUGAGGAGGCGAAGAUACGACCAGCUGGUCGUACUUGGUUUAUCCCCCACCACCCGGUGAUAAAUCCGAAAAAACCGGAGAAGUGCCGCCCAGUUUUUGAUGCAUCCGCGUUCUACAAAGGAGCAUCGCUGAAUUCUGUAUUGCUGAAAGGCCCGGAUUUGCUGACCAAUUUGAUUGGUGUAUUGCUCCGUUUUCGACAACAUCUGGUGGCGCUGAGCGCCGAUAUCGUCAAAAUGUUUCACCAGGUAAAGGUCCGACCACAAGACGGGCCGGCACUUCGGUUUUAUUACCGUAAUCCAGGUGCGCAAGAGCCCCCUUCCGUGUAUCAAAUGGACGUCCAACCGUUUAGAGCGAUUUGUUCACCAACAAUCUGCGCCCAUGUCCUUCGCCAAGCUGCUGAAGACGGUGGAGAUGACGGGCCCGAAGUCACAAAACAAAUCGUCGAUCAUUUCUACGUGGACAACUGGUUGACAUCAUUCCCGACCGCUGAUGAAGCGUUGCAGUAUGCAAAAAAGGUGACCAACGUGCUGCGGAGAGGUGGAUUUGAGCUCGCUCAAUGGGGAUCUUCAAGCUCGACAGUUUUAAUGUCGCUUCCGGGCCAGCCCGUGUCAUCCAUCGACUUGGCUCUACAAGGUUUGCCGGUCGAACGUACUCUUGGUUUAUCGCUGGAUUACGGCAGCGACUCAUUUGUGAUCAGUGCCUGCAUCAAAACGGACGGUGCGACAAAAAGGGAGAUUCUACGAGAAACGGCAAGUGUCUACGAUCCAUUUGGUUUCCUGUCGCCCGUUGUGCUCCACGCAAAACUCAUCCUGCAAGCUGUAUGCAGAAAAUCCGUCAGCUGGGACGAGCCAUUGGAUCCAACAACGGUGGAAGAAUGGAGAAAGUGGGCUACUUCUCUUUCAGAUCUGAAUCCACUUUUUAUUCCGCGCUGUUUCAACCCGGAGUCGGCGCGAUCAAGAGGAGUUGGACUCCAUGUAUUUGCGGAUGCUUCCGAGUCCGCGUUUGGGGCCAUCGCGUAUCUCCGCUUCGAUCAUCCGGAAGGAGUUAAGAUGGCCUUCAUCAUGGCAAAAACAAGAGUGGCGCCGGUCAAAUACGUCUCGAUUCCGCGUCUCGAAUUAUGCGCCGCCCUUCUAGCCGCCCGUCUCGCAGCAUCCAUCAAGGUCGAAAUCCGCCAAAAAAUCGACCAAAUAACUUUCUGGUCGGAUUCGACCACUGUCCUAAGAUGGAUUAAUUCCUCCCACUACCGUUUUCAUAUUUAUGUUGGAAACAGAAUCGGAGAGAUCCUGGAACUCUCCGACGCUCAUCAAUGGCGCUACGUCCCUACCGCCCAAAAUCCAGCCGACGAUGUCAGCCGUGGUAUCGCAGCCGCUGAAUUUUCAACCAAUCAUCGAUUCUACAAAGGACCGUCCUUCCUCUAUAACCCACCCGAGAGCUGGCCGUCCUUCCCGGAUUUGAAAAAUGGAAUCAACGAGGCGGAUGAUCCUGAAAUCCGCUGUACGAGAUGGGUCGGCGCAACGCUCCGAGUACACGAUGCCAUCGACGAUCUGACCAUCAACACGUCUCGUUAUCCGUUCCUGAUUGGCGUCGUCGGAUUCGUCAAGCGAUUUAUCAGCAACGCCCGAAAAGACAAAUCUCACCGCAAAUUCGACAAAUUAUCAGAGACGGAGAUUGUCCUUGCCGAAUCUGAAUUAUUCCGGCGCGCUCAACACUCUGCCUUCCCCGACGACUUCGAAAAUUUAAAGGACGGAAAAGGAUUGGAGGCGAGUUCCAGCCUCAUCACUUUAUCGCCCUUCAUUGACCAGAUCGGAGUUCUACGCGUAGGCGGUAGGAUAGAAAAUGCGCCAGUGCCGCCCGAAACCCGCCACCCAAUUAUUCUUCCGGCCCACGCCAGAGUAACGGAGCUGCUGAUCUACAGUCAACAUCUCGAGUUCGCCCACUCUACCCCGGAAAGAACUUUCCAUGAAGUUCGCAAACUGUACUGGAUCCAAGGCGGAAGAAAAACGGUGAGAAGAAUUCUCAACAAGUGCUUCAAAUGCAAGCGACUCAACGCCAAAGCCUUGUGCCCGAUGAUGUCUGCUCUUCCCGGUUACCGCCUGAAGCCUUUCUACCCCGCCUUCACACACACCGGAGUGGAUUUUUUCGGCCCGUUCAAUGUCAUCAUUUUUCGCCGCAAGGUUAAACGCUGGGUCUGUUUGUUCACGUGCAUGUCUUCCAGGGCCGUACAUUUGGAAAUGGCUUAUGCGCUCGACACCUCAUCAUUCAUCAACUGCAUCAGCCGCUUCGAAGACCGACGCACGACCCCCACGCAUUAUCACAGUGAUAACGGCACCAACUUUGUCGGAGCCGUUCGUGAGUUUUCGGAGUGUCUCCAGCGGAUGGAUCAGCUAGCUGUACUCGACGGAGUGAAAAGAAGAAACGUGACCUGGAGCUUCAACCCCCCCGCAGCGCCACACUUCGGUGGAGCCUGGGAACGGCUCGUCCAGUCGUCAAAACGCGCUCUUCAAUUCAUCUUAAACGAGCAAACGCUGACGGACGACAUUCUUUCAACUGCGCUCGUCCAAGUGGAAAAGCUCCUGAACGGCCGUCCUCUCACUUAUGUGAGCGUCAAUCCGGCGGAUCCCGAACCAAUCACGCCGAAUCAUCUUCUUCUCGGCCAUGAAAACCCCUACAUUCCAUUCGACCUUUUCGACGCCAGCGAUAUGACGACCAAACGCAAAUAUCGUACCGCCCAGUACCUCACCGAUUGUUUUUGGAGACGCUGGAUGAGGGAAUAUUUGCCCGGCCUUGCUGAACGAAAAAAGUGGCUGUACGGUCAAAAAAACCUCAACAUCGGCGACAUCGUUAUCGUCAUUGAGCCCGAUACACCCCGUGGGAAAUGGCCCAUCGCUCGAGUUGUCGAGGUCUUCACCGGUCCAGACGGAGUCGUCAGAUCUGCAAUCGUCCGCCUCCGGUCGUCCACCAACACCACCGAACUACACCGUCCAGCUGUGAAGCUCUGCCUGCUGGAGUCGUGGGAUACGGAGGAUGCGUCCGCUUUCGAACGCAGGGCCGGCGAUGUUCCGGAUCCCGCGCUACCCCAAUAGCUAGCAGAGGCUUCAUUUUCCCCUCCUCAUCACGCAAGAUGCGGGAUCGGAGGCGAGGGAAGAAAGUCGAAAUGGCGACAAAAGAAUUCCCGGCUUUUUAGUGUCCUUUGAGUAUUCCUGCCUAAUGUACAGUCGCUAUCGUUCUCGUCUUAGUGUCUGUCUUGAUUGUCCGUCUUUCGUCAACGUGCAAAUCGUCUUCAUUUUCUAUGUGCCGUUGAAGUGAAUGUCUCUAACUUAAAGGUAACAUUUAA